UUGGCGAUGGGAGUCCCUAGAGCUGUCCUGCUCUGCCUCUUUGGGGCUGUGUUCUACCUGACAGAGUCCCAAGCCUUGCGAUGCUACAGCUUUCAACAAACCUACUCCGGCCCCUUUGACCUCAGUGGCAUGAAACUCCAUGAGGUCACCUGUCCCCAGGGAUGCACUGAGGCUGUCUUGUCCCUGGACACUGGGUAUCGCUCCUCUUUGACCAUGGUCCAGAAAGGCUGCUGGACAGGCCCGCGCACCGGCCAGAUGCAGUCCAAGGACACAGCGUUGCCACCCGACUACUCGUCCGUGUGGGGCUGUGAAACUGACCUGUGCAACACCAACCUCAUGACCCACGACACCAUCCCCAACCUGAGCCCAGCACCCAACCCACCAACACUCAGUGGCACUGAAUGCUAUGCCUGCGUGGGGAUGAAUCCAGAGGACUGCGCCCCAGAAAAGUCCCGACAAGUCCAGUGUCACCAGGACCAGUCUGUCUGUUUCCAGGGCAAUGGCCAAAUGACUGUCGGCAAUUUCUCAGUCCCUGUGUACAUCAGAACCUGCCACCGGCCCUCCUGCACCGUCAUGGGGACCACCAGCCCCUGGACAAACAUUGACCUCCAGGGCGCAUGCUGUGAGGGAAAUCUUUGCAACAGGGAUUCUCUGACCCAGUCCUUCACCUCAGCUGCCACGCCUCCUCCUGCACCCCAACUUGUGGCCCUGCUCCUGGUGGUUCCCCUCCUGGCUGGCAUUCUGGAAGGAUCCCUCAGGCUCUCCUCAUAGGCAGCCCCGCCCCCUCCCCGCCCCCAGCCUCUUCAUGAAAGGAUCCUGUGCCCUCACCCCCUGCUUCAGCCCCCACACUGUGGUUCACUGGAAAAUGUCAAACAAGA